AUGGUCGACCGCCCCAAAAAGCCCACCUCCCUCAACCCCUCCGCCCGCAGCUCCGCCCCGCAACCUACGGUGGACAUCUCCGACGACCGCGUAACUGCAACAUUGCCAACAGGCGAGAGCGUCUCGAUCUUGCUGUACGGAGCAACCGUCAUCUCCUGGAAAACCGCCAGCGGCGCCGAAAAUCUCUGGGUUUCCGAAAAAGCCGCCCUGGACGGCUCCAAGCCCGUCCGCGGCGGCAUCCCAAUCGUCUUCCCCGUCUUCGGCCCCCCGCCGAAGGAAGGCCCGACGAGCAAGCUCCCGCAACACGGCUUCGCGCGGAGCACGCGGUGGGAGUUUUUGGGGAAGAGCAGCAGCGAAGGCGAAGCGCAGGGGCAGGGCAGCGGGGAUGAAUCCGUGAAGUUGGAUUUCGGGCUCUAUGGCGCGGGGCUGGACGAGUCGGUCAAGAGCAAAUGGCCGUAUGAGUUUGGGCUGGUGUACAGCGUCACGCUGGGGAGGGAGGGCUUGAUGACGGUGCUGAAUGUGAGGAAUGAGGGGGAUGAGGGGUGGGAGUUUCAGAUGCUAUUGCAUACGUAUCUGCGGAUUGACGACAUCUCAAAGACCACAAUCUCCGGCCUCGGCUCCGCAACCUACAUCGACAAAGUCCUCGACGCGACCACUCACACCCAAUCCACCCCGACUCUCUCCAUCACCUCCGAGGUCGACCGCGUCUACACCGGGCUGAAGCAGGACACGACAUCCGUGCUCGCGGACGGCAAGCCGCGCCUCGACGUCGUGCGCGACAACCUCGAGGAUACCGUGGUGUGGAACCCGUGGCGGGAGAAAGCGAACGCGAUGGGGGAUUUUGCGCCCAAGGAUGGGUACAAGCAGAUGGUGUGUGUGGAGGUGGGGAGUGUAGCUGGGUGGCAGAGGUUGGAACCGGGGGAGACGUUUGAGGGGGGGAUGAUGAUGAGGAGUUAUGUUUGA